CACGAAAGUAGACAAGAGUUCGUGUCCUAGUUACCACGUUUCCACGGCAACCAUGGAAGCUGUCAACAAACCCAGAAAACGGAGACGUGGGAGAUGUAAAAACAGGAAACUUCCUUCCAAAGCUCUCCCUGACGGACACAUGUUUCCAGCUGUUGGUGGUGGGAGUCCAGAGAAGCCGGAUGUCAGUGUGAACAGUCAGGGUUUGUCAGCGCUCCACGUGGCCUGCCUUCAUGGCCAGCUGGCUGCUGUUCAGCUCCUGGUGGAGUCCAGGCUGGGGUGGAUCGACAGCAGUGAUCUCCAGGGUCGCCGGCCUGUUCACAUGGUUUUGUCUCCCCGGAGCUCGCCCAACACCUUGCGGUGCCUCAGAUACCUGCUGGAGCACGGGGCUGACGUCAAUGUCACCACAGAUUCAGGGACGACCCCGCUGCACCUGGCUGCCUCUGAAGGUCUCCUGGACUGCACAGAGAGCCUUGUGCAGGCCGGAGCAGACGUGUUGGCCCAGGACAGCAUGGGACACACCCCACUGGAUUUGGCCCGCAUCUGGUGCCACAGGGAUGUAGCAAGGUAUCUGAAGAACUGCCUGUGGCAGACACAUAAGAAGAAAGAAAUGAAGGAGAGGAGGCUAGUUCAAAGUUUAUACAGUGAUCUCGUGGAUAUGGUCAAACUGAAUGAUCUCAAUAAAAAGACGCUUAUUGAUGUGAAGGUGGCAGAGUGGGUGAAGAAUAAAGGUUUUCCUCUCCUAAAGGAUUUCUCCCCCAGAGUCUUGGUGAGCCAGUAUCACACCCAGUGCCUCUCAUCAGAUCAGAACACUUCUAACUCAAAACAUGCCAAGCACCCAUUGAAGCACCAGCCAGAAGGUCCUCUGGAGGACACCAGCACCUCCACUAAGCCACCUCCGGCCUCAUCGUCCAGACCCUGGACCAUCUUCAUGGGCCUCCAGCCAGAGAAACCUCCCACAGAGCCAGACCUCAGGGGUAAUGUCACGGUGUGGAGGGGCCACAGCAGCAGGCAGCCUCAAUACUCCACCAAGUGGGACAGCACACGUCACCCGGCCCCUGAUGUGCCUCUGGAUGUCCUGGAGAGGGUGUUGUUCCCCAGAGCCUUCCCCUCCAGGAUCGCUUCCCCUCGGUACUUUGAGCCACAGGACAUUGUGGAGGUCCAGCACAAAGGAUACCCCCAGGGGCGGAGCACCUCCCCCUGGACAGAAGUGGCCAUGCACCUGGCUGAGGCGCUGGAGCCUGGGCACUAUUGAUCAUCACACUGUGAUAUUGAAACGCUUCAGCUGGAACUGAGAUUACGGAUGUGUUUAAAAUAUGUAUUAAAUCUCAUCUAGUAUUAAAUUCUUCAUAUAUUUUACUUAGGUGGAGGUGGAAACAACAUGAAGAAGAAGAAUUAACAUGAUAACAGUAAAACUACUAACAAUAAUAAUUAUUAAACAUUAUUAAUUAUAUUUUUCUUAUUUGUUAACAGUUAAAUAACUAUUAACUGAAGCUUAAUUAACCAUCAACUAACUAUUUAUUGAUGAUAGUUGAUGAUAAUUAAGUGUUACCAUUACAAUACUACAUGUAAUGUUCUAAUUUCAAGCAUUUUAAGAGUUUAUUGUUAUUUAACAUGUUAUACACUAUGUUAAAUAUUUGUUAAUGGUUAGUAAUUGGUUUAUAAAGGGUCUAUAAACAUUGGAUAGCUAUUAUAAAGUUGCAACGGAUGAUUAUAAUGCUUUACUAAAUGGUAAAUAAACACUGAAAAUCUAUAAAUAUUAUAUCGGCGGCCAUAUUAUACAUAAGUUCCAAUGUUAAUAGAUGAAUAGACCAUUUAACAAGGUGUUAAAACCAUCAGUUGCAACUUUGAUAGUCAUCCAAAUAAUGUUUAUAGACGCUUUACAAACCAAUUAUUAACCAUUAAUAAAUACUCAAUAUAGUAUAGAAAAUAUUGUAACAUUUGAAACAAGAACAACUGUUAAAAUAACAUAAAUCAUAGCAUUACUAAUAUUUAAUUAACACUAUUGUUUCAUUGUUUAUUAUAAAGUGUUACCAUUGUGAUUAGAGGACUCUAUUUUAGGGAAACGUGUUGUAUAGGCACAACAGCAGACUAACAAAAUAACCUGCCACCCCACAACCUCAGCUCAAAGUGACAAAAUUAAAAAUGCCACACACUCCAGACGCUGUGCCUCCAAAAAGUGGGGUGAGUGGAGGGGUGAGUGAAAGGUGAGAAAACCUCAGUGAACUGGGUCACCUGUCUCAGAUGUAUCCCUGCACUUUCACUGCUCCCCCCAGGGACCUGACUCGGGAUCCAGGUGAGGGCUUGUCAACAGCAUGUGUGUAACUGCGAGCUGUGGCCUGUCAGCUGAGGGUGUGUGUGUGUGUGUGUGUGUGU